CUCUUUUGAUGCAUUGUGCUUGUUAUAACCAUCCUGAUCAUUUGCCAACAAUGGUUCAUCAUGCUCUUGAACACGAGGAGUUAUUCUCACGAAGAUGCAUACUGGUCAACGGACCAGUUAUAGUAGGGGCUGGACCUUCUGGUCUUGCAGUUUGUGCAGGGCUUAAGCAACAAGGGGUGCCCUUUGUGAUCCUUGAUCGUGCCAACUGCAUUGCGUCUCUUUGGCAAAACAAGACUUAUGAUCGUCUAAAACUCCAUCUCCCAAAGCAAUUCUGCCAACUACCUUACUACCCCUUCCCACCAAAUUUCCCAGAAUACCCUUCGAAAUAUCAGUUUAUCAAGUACCUUGAAUCUUAUGCCAAGAAGUUUGAGAUUAACCCGAGGUUCAAUGAGUCAGUACAGUUGGCCAAGUAUGAUGAGACUUGUGGGCUAUGGCGUGUUAAGACUGUGACAGGUGACUGUGAGAUGGAGUAUAUCUGUAGGUGGCUUGUGGUGGCGACAGGGGAGAAUGCUGAGAAAGUGGUGCCGGAGUUUGAAGGGUUGGAUGAGUUUGAUGGCACAGUUAUGCAUGCUUGUGAUUAUAGGUCCGGUGAGGUUUUUGAAGGAAAGCGAGUCUUGGUGGUUGGCUGUGGGAACUCCGGUAUGGAAGUCUCUCUUGAUCUCUGCCACCAUAAUGCUUUUCCAUCCAUGGUGGUUCGAAGCUCGGUUCAUAUACUGCCGAGGGAAAUUGCUGGGAAAUCCACUUUCGAAUUGGCAACUUCAUUGAUGAAGUGGCUACCAUUAAAGGUGGUUGACAAGAUACUUCUGGUUCUUGCAAGUUAUACUCUUGGGAACUUGAAAAAUUAUGGUAUAAAUCGGCCAUCAAAAGGUCCAUUAGAGCUCAAAAACAUCAAAGGAAAAACCCCUGUUCUGGAUAUUGGUGCACUACGAAAGAUCAAAUCUGGAAAGAUUAAAAUAGUUCCAGGAAUCAAGAAAUUUUCACAGGGUCGUGUAGAGUUGGUCAAUGGAGCAAAUCUUGAAAUAGAUUCAGUGAUUUUGGCAACUGGGUAUCGCAGCAAUGUUCCUUCAUGGUUAAAGGAAAAUGACUUGUUUUCGAAAGAAGGGAUGCCGAUGACACCAUUUCCAGAGGGGUGGAAAGGGAAAGCGGGUGUGUAUGCAGUUGGCUUUACAGGACGAGGUCUGUUGGGUGCAUCUCUUGAUGCCAUAAGAGUUGCACAAGACAUUGGCAAGACUUGGAAUCAAGAAACCAAGCACACCAAUCAUUAUGUUACAGUGUCUUGUGAACGAAGAUGCAACAAAUAGAAAACAUAUAAUAAAACUAUUGUCCUUUAAAUUUUGUAUUGUUUUUGCCUUCUUAAGUUUUGUAAGUUGACAGAUAAAAAGAUAGAAAAAAAAAAAGUACAAGAAAAAAAAGAUAGCCCUCUCCGGAUUCAGUCUAGGCUACGACGUUGUGUACAAAACGGGAAGACGAGGCUUUUUCCUUUUUAUGUUUUU